GUCACUGCUGCCACCGGCCAUAUCGUCAUCAUCCCAUACUCUGCUGGUUCGCAUCAGAGGCCCUGCUUGUAGUGAACCAAGUGUAUCUCAGCUUACACGUCAGAAUGAAGUGUCAAUUUUUGUUGUUCGUGGCUGCUGCAGUCCUUAUGGCUGUCUGCGGUGAGGAGGAACAGGUGCAACAAGAUGAGGGUGCUCGUCUGUUGGUAUCCAAAAAUGUUCACAAUAAAUAUCUUGUUGAGAACAUGGAUGUUAUUGUCAAGUACACCGUCUUCAAUAUUGGUAGCUCAGCAGCUCUGGAAGUAGAGAUCACCGAUAACUCUUUUGAUCCAGAUAACUUUGCCCAUGUCAGUGGUGAAUUGAGUGCCAGAGUUGACAGAGUGCCACCAAAUACCAAUGUGACCCACACCGUUGUUGUUAGGCCCAGAAAAGCUGGAUACUUCAACUUCACUUCAGCUGAGGUUCUCUACAGAAGGAAAGAAGAUGCUCCCAUGCUACAGGUUGCUGCCAGCAGCGAGCCUGGUAUGGCUUUCUUCACCUCGUACAAAGAGUACAACAAAAAAUUCUCAUCCCAUGUUGUUGAUUGGGCUGCUUUUGCUGUGAUGACUUUACCAUCUUUGGCUAUUCCAUUCGGUUUGUGGUUCUCCAGCAAACAUAAAUAUGAAAAACUCUCAAAGGGUACAAAAAAGCAUUAAGUUACUAGUUAUCGUGCUUAUAACUGAAUUGUUUAGUUAAGAAACUAUUUUUCGUGUGAUUGUGAACGACGAAUGUGUUUAAUACUUUGAAUUUUUAAAUAAAUAUUACUUGUGUAUAUUAAA